AUGCUGCGCAGAGCCCUGUACAACGGUGCUCGUCACCACGGCGGAAAGUUAGCGCCUCUCUUUCUUCUUCUGGGGAUCGCGAUGCUUUGCCUUCUUCCAGUGCUGCGCACGCGGAAAAUCUACGUCGAUGAAAAUGCAGUGAAUCAAAUGCACCCAUCAACCAACGCUGGCUCUGUGACGGCACAUCUCGACCCCACGGUGCGCUGGCCAGAGCGGCUGGUGCGGGGGCGGCGUUCUCCCGGGUCCGAGAUUGCGGCUGUAUAUGUGAACACAGAUUAUCCAGCCUCCGUUUCGCUCGCCAACGCAUUGAUUGAGGUGAUUCGCCACAGGAAGAAUCUCGCCUGUGACGUGCAGUUCUACUUUGUGAAUAGCAGCGAAGAGUGGCCAGUGCCGCAGGCGUACACCCGCGCCGCACUUGUGCUGAAUAUUUCCACCCUGUACAACCGUUACAUCUGCAUCGACACCCUCGGGGGCAAUGGCAUCCAGCCCAACCAGGACUACACCAACACCGCUGUUCAACUUGCGACUUCGAAUCAGUUUCUGCCUAGUUACCUCUGCCAGAGGCCGCAUCGCCUCACGGACAAUGUUGGCGCCGAGCUUUGGCACUACUGGGCUUACCUCGAGGCGUCGCUGCAGCUCCCGACUCACCCGCAGCCGUGGCACAAGAUUCCGACUCACAGUAUCAACACCAUCGCCAUCUCCUCCGACCCACUUUUUACAGUGCGUUCGACGUUUCCGAGUCCGCAGGUGCCAGAUGCGUUCGCCACCAUGGUACUGCAGAUCAUUGUGUCCCUCAACAAUCUGGAGGAAAAGUUCCACCACUCCACCUUUGUGUGGCUGCCCGUGAGUCCGUUGCGCUACGUCGAGUACGAUCACGCGCAGUUCUGCAUAAUGCUGUUUGUCGCCUCCAUAUUCUCUACGGCGUACUCCGAGUAUCAGCAGCGUGGCGCCAGCAUUACGCCGCUGUUCGUGGUGCUGCUACUUACACCCGUUGCGGCCGCAGCUGCAUUUCAGGUUGCUGGCUGGGGAGCAGUGGUGAUAGCCUCGGCCGCGUUUUCGCUGCUCUUCCGGGUUUUCAUGACUCAUACCAAAAGCGGCAUGUGGCUUAGCUUCAACGCCAUUGCGCUGUGCCUUCUGAUCAUCCUGCAGCCGGCGUGCGGCUUGUUGGCCGGGGCGGCCGCUGCGAUCCAGGUUUUCUUCACCCAUAGUGUCCUCCAGAACCGCCUCGCCUUGGCUGUCGGCGCUGCGGUGUCGGCGCUUCUCGCUUACUACUUCAUUUACUACCUCCGCUUACCACUCUUUGGUGUGGCCGGCAUCAGCGAGUUGUUCGUUAGCUUUGUUAUUUACCCCAACGCGGUAUGGAUUGGCAGUCGGUUCCUGUGCUCGCUAUAG